AGUAUAUUCGAAUACAUGGAAAGACCCAGCGGGGCCUGAGCCGUUUCUGCAUACAUGCCUGAGGCCCAACACACCCUAUUUCAUAGACUGCGGUCAGAUAAUCGUGAUGUCACUGCUUCUGGAUUUGGCUGAAGAAGAUGGCGGCCUCCUCAGGAGUUAAAGUUCCACGUAAUUUUCGCUUGUUGGAAGAGCUUGAAGAGGGUCAGAAAGGUGUUGGAGAUGGGACAGUCAGCUGGGGCCUUGAAGACGAUGAAGACAUAAUGCUAACACGGUGGACGGGCAUGAUCAUCGGACCGGCACGAGUAAGUGUGACUGCAGCAGGAACUAAUUAUGAGAACAGGAUAUACAGUCUGAAAGUGGAAUGUGGUCCAAAAUAUCCUGAAUCACCACCGGUCGUUAGAUUUGUAACAAAAAUUUGCAUGAAUGGGAUAAAUAAUUCCAAUGGGAUGGUGGAUACACGAAGCAUACCAAUUCUAUCUAAAUGGCAAAAUUCUUAUAGCAUUAAAGUUGUUCUUCAAGAGUUAAGGCGUCUAAUGAUGUCCAAGGAGAAUAUGAAGCUCCCACAACCACCAGAAGGACAAACCUACAGCAAUUAAUUGUUCACGGAUUGUUUACUUUUGACCCCUAUUGUCUUA